UCUUUGCAGCAGCUGUAGGGAGGGGAGGCCAUUUUCCGUUUCUAGAAGAGUGAGGGCGAGAGGAGAGAGAAAAGAGGGGGAAAAAAAGGGCUCAGCGCCUCCCCGCCGGGCCGUGGACAAGAGGGACAGUUUCGGCAGGCGGGUGAGGUUGCUGACGGCCUGGAGAAGAUGUUUUCGCUGUCGAACACCGUUCAGCCCCAGGUUACAGUUCCUCUGAGUCAUCUCAUCAAUGCCUUCCAUUCACCGAAAAACACAUCUGUUUCUGUCAGUGCAUCAGUUUCUCAAAACCAGCAUUGGGAUGUAGUGUCUGAGCAUGAGGCUCCCAGCAGUGAGCCUAUACUUAACUUAAGGGACCUUGGAUUAUCUGAAUUAAAAAUUGGACAAAUUGAUCAACUGGUAGACAGUCUACUUCCUGGAAUUUGUAAGGACAAAAACGUUUCUUCCCAUUGGCAUACAUCUCAUGUAUCUGCACAGUCCUUCUUUGAAAAUAAAUAUGGUUGCUUAGAUAUAUUUAGUACUUUACGUUCCUCUUGCUUGUACAGACAACAUUCAAGAACUCUUAAACGAAUUUGUUCAGAUCUUCAGUACUGGCCAGUUUUCAUACAGUCUCGGGGUUUUAAAACUUUAAAAUCAAGGACACGACGUCUACAGUCCACUUCUGAAAGAUUAGCAGAAACACAACAUACAGCACCAUCAUUCGUGAAGGGGUUUCUUUUGCGGGACAGAGGAUCAGACGUUGAGAGUUUGGACAAACUCAUGAAAACCAAAAACAUACCUGAAGCUCACCAAGAUGCAUUUAAAACUGGUUUUGCAGAGGGUUUUCUGAAAGCUCAAGCACUGACACAAAAAACCAAUGAUUCUCUAAGAAGAACUCGCCUGAUUGUCUUUAUUCUGCUGGUAGUCGGCAUUUAUGGACUCUUAAAAAACCCAUUUUUAUCUGUCCGCUUCCGGACAACAACAGGGCUUGAUUCUGCCGUAGAUCCUGUGCAGAUGAAAAAUGUUACCUUUGAACAUGUUAAAGGAGUGGAGGAAGCUAAACAAGAAUUACAAGAAGUUGUUGAAUUCUUGAAAAAUCCACAAAAAUUUACUGUUCUUGGAGGUAAACUUCCGAAAGGAAUUCUUUUAGUUGGACCACCGGGGACAGGGAAGACACUUCUUGCCCGAGCUGUGGCCGGAGAAGCUGAUGUUCCUUUUUAUUAUGCUUCUGGAUCAGAAUUUGAUGAGAUGUUUGUGGGUGUGGGAGCCAGCCGUAUAAGAAAUCUUUUUAGGGAAGCAAAAGCAAAUGCCCCGUGUGUUAUAUUUAUUGAUGAAUUAGAUUCUGUUGGUGGGAAGCGAAUUGAAUCUCCAAUGCAUCCAUAUUCACGGCAGACCAUAAAUCAACUUCUUGCUGAAAUGGAUGGUUUUAAACCCAACGAAGGAGUUAUCAUCAUAGGAGCCACGAACUUCCCAGAGGCAUUAGAUAACGCCUUAAUACGUCCUGGUCGUUUUGACAUGCAGGUUACAGUUCCCAGGCCAGAUGUGAAAGGUCGAACAGAAAUCUUGAAGUGGUAUCUCAAUAAAAUAAAGUUUGAUCAGUCUGUUGAUCCAGAAAUCAUAGCUCGAGGUACUGUUGGCUUUUCUGGAGCAGAGUUGGAGAAUCUUGUGAACCAAGCUGCUUUAAAGGCAGCUGUUGAUGGAAAAGAAAUGGUUACGAUGAAGGAACUAGAGUUUUCCAAAGAUAAAAUCCUAAUGGGGCCUGAGCGUAGAAGUGUGGAAAUUGAUAACAAAAACAAAACGAUCACAGCGUAUCAUGAAUCUGGUCAUGCUAUUAUUGCAUACUACACUAAAGAUGCUAUGCCUAUCAACAAAGCUACAAUCAUGCCACGAGGGCCAACACUUGGACAUGUGUCCCUGUUGCCUGAGAAUGAUCGAUGGAACGAAACUAGAGCUCAGCUUCUUGCUCAGAUGGAUGUCAGUAUGGGAGGAAGAGUGGCAGAGGAACUUAUAUUUGGAACUGAUCAUAUUACAACAGGUGCUUCCAGUGAUUUUGAUAAUGCAACCAAAAUAGCAAAGCAGAUGGUCACCAAAUUUGGAAUGAGUGAAAAGCUUGGAGUUAUGACCUACAGUGAUACAGGGAAACUGAGUCCAGAAACUCAAUCUGCUAUUGAACAGGAAAUCAGAAUCCUUCUGAGGGAUUCGUAUGAGCGAGCAAAACAUAUCUUGAAGACUCAUGCAAAAGAGCACAAAAAUCUAGCAGAAGCUUUAUUGACCUAUGAGACUUUGGAUGCCAAAGAGAUUCAGAUUGUUCUUGAGGGGAAGAAAUUGGAUGUGAGAUGAUAGCUCUUGAUGCAUUGUUGGUUUUAUUGCAAGACCAUAAGUAGCACUGCAGUAGUCGUAUUUUGCAACACUUUUCUCCCAUUCUUGGUAUCACUCAAGGGUGUGAAACACUUUGUCAGUCUUUUGUCACAUUUGUCUAAUUUUGAUUAUUCUCAUGAUGGACACCUACUGCAAAUAGCAAUUUAUUAAAGAAAAUAAAGAACUAUCAGGAUUGAAAACAGCUUGUUUGAGAAAUGUCAAUCAGUUAUUAAGUUGAAAAUAAGUAAUGAUUUUAUGGUUGGUUACAGUGCUAGAUGUGAAUAGAAAUUGUGCCUUUAGCUCUUGGGAAGUAUUUUUACUUAGGAAAAUAAAAUUCUUGAAGGAUUGUCUUUAUUUCUAGAUAGUACCACUUAUCUUUGAUAAAGAAAUGAUGCUAUUUGGCUAUUGGUAAAUCAUAUUUCUACAUACAUCAGUGGAAACUUCAUUAAGAUGCACUUAAUUAUGAUCUAGAUUGACCAUAUAUAAAGUGUUUUUUUAAAAAUCUAAGAGUAGAGAACUGUGAACCUACAGAUACAAUUGGAAUUUAAAUGAUUAUUAUAAGCUUUUUAAAAUGCAGCUUGCAUUUUCAUGGUCUUUUUUUUUUUAACAUUACUAUCACUCUGAAAAUGAAGUUUAUUUCAGAGCAGCAGUAUUUUGUUAAAUAAACAAGUAACACACCUCAAAUUAUGAAUAACUAUGUAAUUAUGCUUUGCAUUAAAACCAAAAUAAAACCAAAAACCCAGUCCCGUUCAGAGUGAACUUUUGAAUUAUGCUGUGUUAGAAAUGGAAAGUUGUGUUUAUUUUUCAGUCAGAUUUUGUGAAUAUGAAUGUGUUACAGAAUUUACAGAUGACUUUAUUUAACUCAGUAGAAAAAUUAUUUUAGAGCA